CCCCCUUCCCCUCGAUCCUCCUGAUGAGCGGCGCCGUUCUAGGUGGCGGCCUCUGGACGAGAGUUUGCCCCGGCGGGGCGUCGAGGGUUGUGGGCGAGGCUGGACCUCGGUGCUCACCGGAGGUGUAUGGGAAGGUCCUGGUUCUCUGUGGGAAUAAUUGGGAGAUCCAUGUGUCAGCUCCUAAGAAUGUAUCCUUGAGAGGAAGAUUCUUCUCCAAGGAGUGCUUUCAUUUGCUUGUGAGAUUGGGAAUUAAUGAUGAGAGAGCCUUUCAAGGCCAAACAGUGAGUUGCACCUAAUGUGAGCUCUGGCUACUCAGAUGCAAGACCAGGCACUGUUUGCUACACUAUACAGGCUCUUUCUCAGACGACAGAGACCUUACUGUCUGUAUUAGGUGCUUCCUUGAAGUUGACAGAGAAUGGAAACACUCUUUUGGCAAUGUCUUUGGGAAGACUCCUCCGACGUGCCUCUUCAAAAGCCUCUGACCUCCUGACCUUAAAUGCCAGCAGCAUUGGUGGUGGUUCAUCUUCCAUCUUGGAUGGGGAGAUCAUCUACUCCAAGAACAAUGUCUGUGUCCACCCACCUGAGAUGCUGCAAGGCAUUGUGGAACACCACCCAGGCUACUUGUGCCUGUACAUGGAGAAAGAUGAGCUACUCGGAACCACACUUAUCCUGGCUUGGGUCCCAAAUUCUCGCAUCCAGAGACAGGACGAGGAGGCCCUCCGCUACAUCACACCAGAGAGCUCCCCAGUCCGCAAGGCUCCCCGCAAGCGUAACCGCCACACUCAGGCUUUUGGCACCCCUAUGCAGGCUUCUUCCUCUGAACAGAAGCAAUCUGUGACUCUAAAGGAACAGGAGGACAUCUUGACUGUGUCACAGCUGGUUAAGGAUGUGGCCCAUGUCAGCUCUCCUUCUGAUGAAGGGGAGAAGCUGUCCCAGGGUUGCUUGGCAACAGACAGCAUCCACAGCCCUGCACAGCCUACCCACAGUGACUCAGGAAUCUUAACAAUCAGUUCUCAGGAUGAGCAGAACCAGUUGGCAUUGGAGGAAGGGCUGGAGGAGUCUCUGGAGACUGGGGAAGAUGAGGGCUCUUUGGAACUAUCUGCCGAUGACGUUAGCAGGGACAGUACGUUUGACUCAGACUCUGAUGCCUUCUCUUCUCCAUUCUGUCUCUCCCCCAUAAGUGAAGCACUUGGGGAAAAUGCCGCCUCAGUGUUCCUGGUUAAUGAAAACAGAGAGCCGUGCAAAAGCCACAUGAUUCACUCCACAAGCUCCAACUCAAGCCUUGAUCCCAACUUUGAGGAGAACAAUGGCCAAGUUCAGAACUCCAGAUGGGAUGAGCAGCAGAAGGUGUUUGCCUUGGAACAGAUCUGUGGGGUCUUCCGAGUUGACCUGGGACAGAUGAGGUCUCUUCGCCUUUUUUUCAGUGAUGAGGCAUGCACCAGUGGGCAGUUGGUUGUUGCUAGCAGAGAGAGCCAAUAUAAAAUCUUCCACUUUCACCAUGGUGGCCUGGAUAAGCUGUCUGAAGUGUUUCAGCAAUGGAAGUAUUGCACAGAGACCCAUCUCAAAGAUCAGCAGCUCACUGACGUGAAGACCUGCAUGCAGUUCUCAAUCCGCCGACCCAAGCUGCCCUCCUCGGAGACCCAUCCUGAAGAGAAUGCCUACAAGCGCCUAGAUGUGUCUGCUUGGCUCAGUCAUCUGAAUGAAGCUGGGCAGGUGGAGGAAGAGUAUAAGCUGAGGAAGGCCAUUUUCUUUGGUGGCAUCGAUGUCUCCAUCCGUGGCGAAGUCUGGCCCUUUCUGCUUCAUUACUAUAGUUUUGAAUCCACUUCAGAGGAGAGGGAGGCUCUGCGGGCACGGAAGAGGGAAGAGUACUUUGAAAUCCAGCAGAAAAGACUCUCUAUGACACCGGAUGAACAGAAGGCAUUCUGGCGAAAUGUGCAGUUCACGGUCGACAAAGACGUGGUGAGGACGGACCGCAGCAACCAGUUCUUCCGAGGAGAGAACAACCCUAAUGUGGAAACAAUGAGGCGAAUCUUGCUAAACUAUGCAGUGUACAGUCCUGCCAUUGGCUACUCCCAGGGGAUGUCUGACCUCGUUGCCCCAAUCCUGGCUGAGGUUUUGGAUGAAUCGGACACUUUCUGGUGCUUCGUAGGUCUGAUGCAGAACACUAUCUUCAUCAGCUCCCCUCGUGAUGAGGAUAUGGAGAAACAACUGAUGUACCUGCGAGAACUUCUGCGGCUGAUGAACGUGCGAUUCUAUCACCACCUGGUCUCCCUUGGGGAGGACGGCCUGCAGAUGCUCUUCUGCCACCGCUGGAUCCUCCUCUGCUUUAAGCGCGAGUUUCCGGAUGCUGAGGCUCUGCGUAUCUGGGAAGCCUGCUGGGCUCACUACCAGACAGACUAUUUCCAUCUCUUCAUCUGCGUGGCCAUUGUAGUGAUCUACGGGGACGAUGUCAUUGAACAGCAGCUGGCUACUGACCAGAUGCUGCUGCAUUUUGGGAACUUGGCCAUGCACAUGAAUGGGGAGCUUGUACUCAGGAAGGCCAGAAGUUUGCUGUAUCAAUUCCGCCUGCUGCCCAGGAUCACCUGCAGCCUGCAUGAUUUAUGUAAACUGUGUGGAACUGGCAUGUGGGACAGCGGCUAUAUCCCUGCUGUGGAGUGUACUGGAAAUCACCCGGACUCUGACAGCUGCCCUUAUGGAGGCAUGGUGGAUGAGCCCUCUCCUAAACCAGCCAAUGAAGGCAGGAGGGGUCUGAAAUCGCGAGAAGUCUUCACCUUCCGGAAAUGACACCCCCAGCCUUAUGGGCACUCGACGACUGAAAAAAUGAAAUGGGUACAAAGAAAUUGGCAUGAGAGAGAGAGAGAGAGAGAGAGACUCAACAGACAUUGAAAGAAGACUAGCAGUGUUUUUCUUCAGCUUUCCAGGGGAGGGAUGAAAGACAGAAGGAUGAAUGCUUCCUGGGAAAGUGUUCAAUCCUGAACUCUCCCUGUUGUGUCAUAUCAAGAAAGUCGUUGGUCAGUUUAGUGGUCAUGAUCGUGUUACUGCUCUGCAGUGCAGGAGAUCUGAAAGAAGUGUGCAAGACUCAGCCGGGCAAAUAAGACUCACAGGUGACAAAGAACUCCCCCCCACCCCCCUUAAGCAAAGGGAAAUGUGGGCUGCUUAGGAAGACGUCUCCUGCAACCAGCAACAUCGGCGAGGUGUGAAGGGGCCGGAUUAGAUCUCCCUUUAAUCCUAAAUACACCUAUGCACCCGCUCACACAUACCUUGCUUAAACCAAAAUGCAAAGCUCACUGGCUUCUGUGUUAAGCCUUGAUGGUCACUUCAAAUGUAGUCUGCCAAAAAACAAUAAUAAUAAAAGUGCAACUUUUUGGUUUCCAAGAGAAAUGUU